AUGAAUCACUUUCAUUUUCUUCACCAACUCCGACAAUGUGCAAGAUUCCAUUUCCCUUUACAAGGCAAAAAAUUACAUGCUCAAAUAAUCAAAAUUGGUUUAUACAAUUGUUCAUUAAAGUUAUGCAACAAUUUAAUAGACAUGUAUGGCAAAUGUGGCCAUCUCGAUGACGCUUUCCAACUGUUCGACGAAAUGCCUCAAAGAGAUUUAGCUUCAUGGGCGUCAAUUUUCACUGCACAUAACGAAGAAAACAGACACGAGGAAACGCUUUUGAUGUUCCAUGAGAUGUUAUACGAUGGUCUUUGGCCUGACCAUUUUGUUUUUGCUAGUGUUGUUAAGGCUUGUGGUAAUUCAAGUGCGUUGAAAGUUGGUAAAGAAGUGCAUUGUCAGUUCUUGAAAUCGGUUUUUUAUGACGAUGAUGUUGUUAAGUCUUCGUUAGUUGAUAUGUACGCGAAAUGUGGAUUGCCCCACAAGGCGAAAUCUGUUUAUGACGCGAUUUUGGUGAAGAAUUUGAUUUGUUCGUGUGCGAUGAUAUCGGGGUAUGCACGUUGUGGGAGGAAAAAUGAAGGUAUUGAGCUCCUAAGGGAGUUGCCGGAAAAGAAUUUGCAAUGUUGGACAGCUUUGAUAUCGGGGUUAGUGCAAAAUGGGAACUUGACCGAUGCUGUUGAUGUGUUUCUUGAAGUGAGGAGAGAAGGGGUUGAUAUGAGGGACCCGUUUAUUCUUUCGAGUGUAGUUGGAGCUUGUGCUAGUUUAGCUGCGUUGCAGCUCGGUAAGCAGAUUCAUCGAUUAGUUUUAGGUCUCGGUUAUGAAUCUAGUUUGUUUGUUAGCAAUGCUCUUGUGGAUAUGUAUGCAAAAUGUAGUGAUAUUGUGGAAGCGAAGUGGAUAUUCGAUAGCAUGUUGACGAGAGAUGUUGUAUCUUGGACCUCAAUUAUUGUCGGGAUGGCACAACACGGGCAAGGUAUUGAAGCGUUAUCGUUGUAUGAUGAUAUGAUCUUGGCUGGUCUUAAGCCAAAUGAAGUAACAUUUGUUGGAUUGAUCUAUGCUUGUAGUCAUGUUGGAUUAGUCAACAAAGGUAAGAGUCUUUUCAGAUCGAUGAUUGAGGAUUACAAGUUAAGUCCUUCGUUGCAGCAUUAUACGUGCUUGUUAGAUCUGUUUAGUCGAUCAGGUCACCUUGAGGACGGGGAGGAUCUUCUUAAUACGAUGCCAGUUCAGCCUGAUGAAGCUGUUUGGGCUGCUUUAUUAAGUGCUUGUAAGCAACAUGGAAAUACUGAAAUGGGAGUCAGGGUCGCGAAUCGCUUACUGAUCCUCGGACCAAAAGAUCCUUCGACUUGUAUACUGCUGUCGAAUACGUAUGCCCGUGCAGCUAUGUGGGACAAUGUAUCUAAGUUGAGGAAGCAUCUGGCGAAUUCGGAAGUUAGAAAAGAACCUGGCUACAGUUCUAUUGAUUUGGGUAGAGAAACUAUGACGUUCUAUGCUGGAGAGGCGUUGUAUCCUAUGAAGGACGCUAUAUUUGCUCUCCUAAAGGAGUUUGAUUCGGAGAUGAGGAAGAGAGGUUAUGUUCCGGACACCACGUUUGUUUUGCAUGAUAUGGAGCAGCAAGAGAAGGAAAGGCAACUCUUUUGGCACAGUGAGAGAUUGGCUGUGGCUUAUGGACUCCUGAGGACUGUUCCUGGUUCGGUAAUUCGGGUGGUGAAAAACCUUCGAAUUUGUGGUGAUUGCCACACUGUUUUAAAAUAUAUAUCAAGCAUUACAAAUCGAAAAAUUGUUGUUAGAGAUGCAAAUAGAUUCCAUCACUUCAAUGAGGGGACAUGUUCAUGCAAUAACUUUUGGUGAUUGUCUCUUCAGCUGUCAAGCUGCACUUUACCUGAAAUCGAUCCUCGGAGACAGAGGCAGAGCCAGAAUUUAGUGUGUGUAUGGGUUCUAUAUAGUGUCGAUGACCCCAAGCAAGCCCUAUCGCGGAUCGUAGAGCUACUCAAAUUUAUGGUUGAAUGCAACUAAUAACACAAGGAAUAGAACAAAGAUAGCAACAAGUAGUACAACAAUUUUUCUCAGGAGACAAAUUUUACUGAAUAUUUUUGUGGUACAAACGUAGUUAAAUGUGCCUUCAUGUACAACUUUUAUGUUCUCAUAAAUGUACACCAAGUUCUAUUUGAUCUAUUC